AAAACUGAUGUCAACGAAAAUCUGAAAGCCCUUGAGCUGCGGAACUGGUUCUUCUAAGUUCAAAUAUUGCAAACAGUUGCAGAGUUCCUGCCUCUCCGCCUCAGAACCCUAAACUCCGUUCCCUCGCCGUUCGCCGUAGCACUCCAUCUCUGUCGCCGGGAAAUCAUCGUAACGAAGCUCUAACGCUAUGAGGACGCCAAAACCUGCUACUCCUUCCGAGUCUAACUUGAAAAGGAAAAGAAAAGAAGGUAAAGUUGAGAUAAAAAAGAAAGAAGGUAAAAGGGAGGAAAAGAGGAAAAUUGCCAAUGUCCUUAAAUCUUGUAGCAUACUGGAGGAUGACCAUAAUGAAGAGCAAGGGUUUGACAUUGAAUCUCCUAGAAACAAAGUUGUGGAAAGUAUGUGGCAAGAUCCUGAUGACAAUGAUUCUGGAUUAACAGAAGGUUCUGAAACUGAAGAAGAUGUUGAGAUUCAUUCAGAUGAAGAGGAUGUUGGAACUAAUGGUCAGUCAACUUCUGAGGAUUCAGUGCAUUUGAGCUCUUUUGAUUUACAUUUGCAACAUAAUUUGUCAAAAGAAGAAAUUAACAGCCAAAGCAACAGGAAAUUCAGCUGGGAGACUCCAGCUACUGGUAUGUCAAAUUGCAAAUGGACAGGAACUGGAGAGAAUAUUUUGGAGGGUUUGAAUAUCAAUACUUGUGACAUUCUGAAAGCAAAGUUACAUGAGCACUGGAUGGAUGUCUACAAGACAUCUGGAGGCAAGGAUAUUAAUUCACCUAAACAGAAGAUAUUUUUCUCCCUUUGCAGCAGCUACCGUGAUAUACUUUGCUGUAACAAAAGGCCUUUCUACCUCAAAGGCCUUGAAGACACAGGCAUCAUGGAUGCAUACUUAAUGCAUUCUCUCAAUCAUGUCUUCAGAACCAGAGACUGUGUGAAAAAAAAUGAUGCCAAACUGACCAGGCUUGAAGAGGUUGCUGAUGUUGAUAGAUUUCGAGAUCAGGGUUUUACUCGUCCUAAGGUUUUGAUUUUAUUGCCAUUGGCAAGUAUUGUGUACCGUGUUGUAAAGAGGCUUGUACAGCUUACACCUUCAGCUUACAAAGUGAGUGUUGAACAUAUGGAUCGCUUUUCUGCUAAAUUUGGAAGUGAAGAACAUAAAGACGAUACAGAAAAUGGCCAAGAAUCUGAAAAUGCAAAACAUAGGUCUUCCAAAGCAACUGACUUUCAAAUGCUUUUUGGUGGCAAUAAUGAAGAUGACUUUAUGAUUGGCAUAAAAUUUACGAGGAAAACAAUCAAGUUGUUCAGUGAUUUCCAUACGUCAGACAUUAUUGUUGCUUCAGCACUUUCCUUGGUCAAUAAAAUUGAGGAGGCUGGGAGUAAUAAGGAAAAAGAUGUAGAUUUUCUUUCUUCGAUAGAGGUUCUGAUUAUUGAUCAUGCAGAUGUAAUUGCAAUGCAGAACUGGUCUCAUGUGCAUACAGUUAUUGAACAUUUGAACCGCUUACCAUCUAAGCAGCCAGGAACAGAUGUAAUGCGCAUUAGACCAUGGUAUCUUGAUGAUCAUGCCAGGUUUUACAGGCAAACAAUAAUACUGGGUUUUUAUUCAAAUCCAGAUAUAAAUGCUUCAUUCAAUCAUCAGUGUUUAAAUUAUGAAGGGAAGGUGAAACUGCUCUGUGAAUAUAAAGGUGUCUUGCACAAAGUGCUACCUGAAAUACGACAAAUUUAUGAACGAUUUAUUGUAGACUCAAUUGUAGAAGCUGAUGAUGCCCGUUUUGAUUAUUUUGUUAAGAAGGUCUUCCCUAGAAUAAAAGAUUCAGAUCAGGGAGGGAUCAUGUUAUUUAUGAAUUCUUACUUUGAAUUUAUUCGAAUUCGAAAUUUUUUGAAGUCACAGAAUGCCUCCUUUUGUCUGCUUGGGGAGUAUACGACCCAAAGUGAUAUAUCUCGCUCGCGUCUUUGGUUCUAUGAAGGAAAAAGAAAAAUUAUGCUUUACACUGAGAGAUCUCAUUUUUACCACAGAUAUAAGAUUCGUGGGGUUCAGAAUUUGAUCGUUUAUUCACUCCCAGAGAGGAAGGAAUUUUACCCUGAGAUUGUGAAUAUGCUUGAUGGGUCUGACAAUAUGACAUGCACUGUCCUUUUUUCCAGCCUUGACAAGCUUCGGCUGGAAAGAAUUGUUGGAACUACUCCAGCCAAAAGGAUGGUAGCUGCGGAGAAAGGUGUUUUUGUUUUCUGCCAUUAGAAUACUGUUGUACUGCGAGGUUGUAACCUUGUGAAGUAACUUUUGUUCUUCAUUCUGGUAUCUUGGAUUAAUGUGUGCCUUGCACGCCAAGAGGCUCUUGAAAAAGAUUUUGACAAGAAGAAUGCAAAAUAGUUUUUCGGAGGAUGCUUGAAGAGAUACUGCUCCUGCGCAGAACAAAUCAUGGAGGAAAUUGUGAACUAAAUAGUUUUCCGUUGGGUUGGUUCCAAAUUGGGUCCCCCGCAAUUGGUUAAUUCAAAUUGAUUUAGAGAUAUAAUUGUGAAUGUAUAUAGCAAGCAACGUAAAAACAUAGUUGAUGGGUUAUAAAUUUUAACUGCUAUCGUCAACUCUGAUGAUUAUAUUUUUUGGGGUUGAUGUAUUGAAUAAUGCUUAAUGUAUUGGAAGUUUAUUACGGUGUGUUGAACAAGAUAUUGAUGUUAGCAUUUGCCGUAACUGAUCAAAUGAAUUUUGAUUGGAUAAUAGGAAAAAGCCCCCAUGAAUUGGCAGAUUUC